AUGCCCGUCCCCAUUCCACGACGGCCAGCCGCGCCCAUCUCCCGUCUCCCUGUUGAGCUCCUCUCCACUAUCUUCCUCCUCACCGCGCACACCCCGGACCAAGACACCGAUGAGGAGGACCAGGGGAGCAUCACCCCCUGCCUCUCGUUAUCUUCCACCACGCCCGAUGUCCUUGCCGCUGUCUGCAAACACUGGCGGGAGGUCGCGCUCGGGACACCGCGGCUUUGGACACGGAUCUGCGUCACCAUUGGCGACAUCGUAUACAGCCGGAGAGGCGAGGUCUUUGCGUCCGCCGCGCGAUAUGCCGCGCGGUCCAGCAAGUGCGCCCUCGAUAUCUUCAUCGACGCGCGUGACCCCGAAUGGGACUUUUCCGAACACGACCCGUACAUUGACGACCCGUACGACUACAAGCACCCCUUCCAGCCCGAGCACAUGCGCCGCAUCCUCAGCAUCCUCCUCCCUCACGCCCGCCGCUUCCGCACCCUCGCCGUGCUCACCGACCGUUGGGAGGCGAUGCACACCACGCUCGACUGCCUCAGCAUGGAACCCGCGGCGCUCGUCUCUGGCUCCCGCCCGCUCCCUCCAUCGCUCCCCCUGCUCGAGUCCCUCGUGCUCAUGCGCUGCAACGAGUUCGUCAGCUACCACCCCGACUUCACCCCCGCCGGCCGCCAAGACGCCCCACUGCCCUUCAGCGCGCUCCUCCGCCAGCGCGGCCCUGCCCCCGUCCUCCCCCGCCUCAAAACGCUCGUCCUCUCCGGCGUGCACACCCAGUGGGCCCUCCUCCCGCACCUGCUCCCACCCCCAUGCCCAGCCGCCUCCACUGGCCUCGAGACCCUCGAGCUCUCCUACCACAGCGCCUCGGUCCGCCCGACCGAGCGCGAGCUCCGUGCGCUCCUCACCCGCUGCUCCGCACACCUCACCGCCCUCACUGUGCGCGUCUCGGGUCCGCGCCCCUCCGCCUGCGCAUCCCCGCUCCCGCUCCCGCCCGUCGCGCUCCCCGCCCUCGCCACGCUCACGCUCGGCUACGACGACGCCCACGCCGCGGCCGUGCUCGUUUCCGCCCUCCACGCCCCACACGCGACCGCGCUCGCGCUGGAAGACGCGUCGUGCCCCGCGCGCGAGGACGCGGAGGACGCGGAACCGCUGCUCGACGCGCUCGCGCGCGUCGCUGGGCGGGCGUUCCCGGCGGUGCGCGCGCUCGCGAUGCGCCAGGUGGACGCGCCGGCGGAGGCGUUCGAGGCGCUGUACGGGGCGCUGCCCGCGCUGCGUGCGCUCGCGGUGGAAGACAUGUUCCUCCUGGGAGGGGCGGGGCUCGCGCGGGAGGUCGAGGUCGCGUUCGCGCCGCCCGCGCCGCCCUCUUUGCCCUCUGGCAGGAUGGCGACCUGA